AUGAAAAUAUUAUCGAAUAUGAUUAACAUAUUUGGUAAUCCUAAUGAAUAUAAUUGUCCUAGUUACCUGCCUUAAAUUGUUUAAUUCGAAAAAAGAUAACCAAAAAAUUUAUCUAAAGAAAUACUAAAAAUAAAUGGUGAUGAAAUAGAUUCCUUAUAAAAAAUGUUAUAAUAUGAUCCAAAUACAAAAAUUAGUGUAAAGGAUGCAUUAAAACAUCGAUAUAUUACUUCUAUCAAAAAGCGAAAUUUAUCAAAAAAAGUUAUGUAAAUUAUACAAAAUAAAUUUAAAUGA